AUGGUUCAAAAAGUUGCAAUUAUUAUCUACUCCAUGUACCACCAUGUGGCCACAAUGGCUGAGAAUGUUAAAAAAGGAGUUGAGGAAGCUGGAGGGGAGGCCGUAAUUUAUCAGGUUCCAGAGACUUUAAGCGAUGAAGUAUUACAAAAGAUGCAUGCACCUCCAAAGCCAGAUUAUCCAAUUGCUAGUCCGGAGACCUUGGUAGAGUAUGAUGCAUUCUUGUUCGGUAUUCCAACAAGAUACGGUAACUUCCCGGCUCAAUUCAAAGCUUUUUGGGAUAGUACAGGCGGAUUAUGGGCUAAAGGCGCUUUAAGAGGUAAGUUUGCAGGUGUAUUUGUUUCCACUGGGACUCCAGGUGGUGGACAAGAAGCAACAGUUAUGAACUCUUUAUCUGUAUUAGUUCACCAUGGUAUUAUAUUCGUACCAUUGGGUUACGCGUCUACAGACUUGCAAAACUUGGAAGAGGUUCACGGAUCUUCUCCAUGGGGUGCCGGAACUUUUUCAGCUGGGGAUGGUUCUAGACAACCAACAGAUUUGGAAAAAAGAAUUGCCACAACUCAAGGAAAAUCUUUCUACGAGAUCGUAUCCAGAUUCAAGUAA